CGACGGCCGAGACCCAUGACCCAUCCGUUCCUGUUCACGUUCUCUCUUUCUGACUUGCUCGUCCGCUUCUGUUUGCUUUUAUCGUCGAAACCUCCGCUCCGCGUGCGGCGGAAAAAGAGUGAAAAGCAACAGCAGCAGCAGAAGCGAGAUCGCUUCGAUCCGACCUCACCCUCAUCUCCCAUGGCGUCGCAGAAGGAUCGCGAGAGCUUCGUCUACACCGCCAAGCUCGCUGAGCAGGCUGAGCGCUACGAAGAGAUGGUGGAUUCGAUGAAGAACGUAGCGAGACUCGACGUGGAUCUCACUGUGGAGGAGCGGAACCUGCUAUCCGUAGGAUUCAAGAACGUGAUCGGGGCCCGCCGGGCCGCGUGGAGGGUAUUAUCCUCGAUCCAGCAGAAGGAGGAAGCAAGGGGGAACGAGCAGCAUGUGAAGACGAUUAGGGAGUACCGGAAGAAGGUGGAGACGGAGUUAUCUGACAUAUGCAACGACAUCAUGACUUUGAUCGACGGCCAUCUCAUUCCUUUCUCCACGGACGGGGAGUCUUCGGUCUUUUACUACAAGAUGAAGGGGGAUUAUUAUCGCUACCUGGCAGAGUUCAUGACUGGAAACGAGAAGAAGGAGGUUGCUGAUCAGUCCCUGAAAGCGUAUGAGGCAGCUACAAGUGCAGCUGAGGCUGAUUUAUCUCCUACACAUCCAAUUCGACUGGGUUUGGCUCUAAACUUCUCUGUGUUCUAUUAUGAGAUCAUGAACUCACCUGAAAGGGCUUGCCAUCUCGCUAAGCAAGCUUUUGAUGAAGCAAUUUCUGAGUUGGAUACAUUGAGCGAGGAAUCAUACAAAGAUAGCACAUUGAUUCUGCAACUGUUGAGGGAUAAUCUCACAUUGUGGACCUCUGACAUCCCUGAGGAUGGAGAGGAUCCUUCAAAGAGUGGAACUGGUGAAAAUGCACAGUGAAUUCGACCAGCUCCAUCGAAACAAGAAGGAUAAAUUCUCCAGACAUUCAUAAUAGCACAUGUAGGCUGGUUGCGGUUUGUUAUCAAAUCCUAGCUUCCGUUCUUAAUCCACACUGUUGUGGAAAUCUCAUCACCUUUAGAUUUUUCUCUGUGGGAUGACUCGAAUUCUACUUUCAUAUUUGUAAUAAGAUAGUGACAUUGUAAUGUGGUUCUUGUUUUCAAGCGUUCCUAGCGCGGCAAGGAUAUAAA